AUGGGACUGGGCGUCUCCAUCGUGCUCUCCGCGGUGUGGAGCUGGGUACCGGGAGCCGACCUACAAGAGGAGCACAGAUCCUGGAUCCACCGAGACUACUGCAGUAUCCACCGAGACUACUGCAGUAUCCACCAAGACUACUGCAGUAUCCACAGAGACUACUGCAGUAUCCACCGAAACUACUGCAGUAUCCACCGAGACUACUGCAGUAUCCACAGAGACUACUGCAGUAUCCACAGAGACUACUGCAGAGACUACUGCAGUAUCCACCGAGACUACUGCAGUAUCCACCGAGACUACUGCAGUAUCUACCGAGACUACUGCAGUAUACUGCAUAUCCACCGAGACUACUGCAGUAUCCACCUAAACUACUGCAGUAUCCACCGAGAGGCUCUGGACUACUGCAGUAUCUACAGAGACUACUGCAGUAUCCACCGAAACUACUGCAGUAUCCACAGAGACUACUGCAGUAUCCACCGAGACUACUGCAGUAUCCACAGAGACUACUGCAGUAUCCACCGAGACUACUGCAGUAUCCACCGAGACUACUGCAGUAUCCACAGAGACUACUGCAGUAUCCACCAAGACUACUGCAGUAUCCACAGAGACUACUGCAGUAUCCACAGAGACUACUGCAGUAUCCACCGAGACUACUGCAUCAGGGAGAACAUCUGCACACCUCGCCUCACACCUCACACCUCGCCUCACACCUCGCCUUACACCUUGCCUCACACCUCACACCUCGCCUCACAACUCACACCUCGCCUCACACCUCACACCUCGCCUCACACCUCGCCUCACACCUCGCCUCACACCUCACACCUCACACCUCACACCUCGCCUCACACCUCGCCUCACACCUCACACCUCGCCUCACACCUCACCUCACACCUCGCCUCACACCUUACACCUCGCCUCACACCUCGCCUCACACCUCACACCUCGCCUCACACCUCGCCUCACACCUCACACCUCGCCUCACACCUCACACUCCUCGCCUCACACCUCACACCUCACCUCACACCUCGCCUCACACCUCACACCUCGCCUCACACCUCACACCUCGCCUCACACCUCACACCUCACACCUCGCCUCACACCUCACACCUCGCCUCACACCUCGCCUCACACCUCACACCUCGCCUCACACCUCACACCUCGCCUCACACCUCGCCUCACACCUUACACCUCGCCUCACACCUCACACCUCGCCUCACACCUUGCCUCACACCUCGCCUCACACCUCGCCUCACACCUCACACCUCACACCUCGCCUCACACCUCACACCUCGCCUUACACCUCGCCUCACACCUCACACCUCGCCUCACAACUCACACCUCGCCUCACACCUCACACCUCGCCUCACACCUCGCCUCACACCUCGCCUCACACCUCACACCUCACACCUCGCCUCACACCUCGCCUCACACCUCGCCUCACACCUUACACCUCGCCUCACACCUCGCCUCACACCUCACACCUCGCCUCACACCUCGCCUCACACCUCACACCUCGCCUCACACCUCGCCUCACACCUCACACCUCGCCUCACACCUCACACCUCACACCUCGCCUCACACCUCGCCUCACACCUCACACCUCGCCUCACACCUCACACCUCGCCUCACACCUCACACCUCGCCUCACACCUCGCCUCACACCUCGCCUCACACCUCACACCUCGCCUCACACCUCACACCUCGCCUCACACCUCACACCUCGCCUCACACCUCACACCUCGCCUCACACCUCACACCUCGCCUCACACCUUACACCUCGCCUCACACCUCACACCUCGCCUCACACCUCACACCUCGCCUUACACCUCGCCUCACACCUCACACCUCGCCUCACACCUCGCCUCACACCUCGCCUCACACCUCGCCUCACACCUCACACCUCACACCUUGCCUCACACCUCGCCUCACACCUCGCCUCACACCUUACACCUCGCCUCACACCUCGCCUCACACCUCGCCUCACACCUCGCCUCACACCUCGCCUCACACCUCACACCUCGCCUCACACCUCGCCUCACACCUCACACCUCGCCUCACACCUACACUCACCUCACACCUCGCCUCACACCUCGCCUCACACCUCGCCUCACACCUCGCCUCACACCUCGCCUCACACCUCACACCUCGCCUCACACCUCGCCUCACACCUCACACCUCGCCUCACACCUCGCCUCACACCUUACACCUCGCCUCACACCUCACACCUCGCCUCACACCUCGCCUCACACCUCACACCUCGCCUCACACCUCGCCUCACACCUUGCCUCACACCUCACACCUCGCCUCACACCUCGCCUUACACCUCACACCUCGCCUCACACCUCGCCUCACACCUAA